UAGAGGGUCUGUGGAAGAGUCAGUCAAGUUUUCAGCAGUAUACUGGUCUAGGAGCAGCUUCGCCUUAUUUACUUUGAUUUAUUUACCCAAACCACGUCACAGUUUAACGAUAUCCUUAUAACAUCUCCCCUCUAUCAAACCAGUCCUGAUGGGACCUUUUGUUCCCAUUCUUCUCUAUAAAUAAUCCAGCAGAGCUCUUACAAAUAUACACUGUUCUCAGUGUGCAGUUUUUAUGAUAUUUAGAAAGCUGCUUUAUUUUUAGCCAACUUUUUAGAUCUUGUCUUGAACUAAAAGCAGCAGUGUGCAUUACUUUUGUCAUCCUCAUUUAUGUUAAAAUACCAAACUGCAGGCAUGGCCCCAGCUUUUCCCACCUACUUUAGUAAUGUGAGGUAAACAUCAUGCUGUAAAACAGUGGUGGAAAAGUGGCAGCCCUCCUCAUCACUCAGUGUGGCCUUUGAAAUAUCAACAUAUUGUAAACAUGAACAUUCAUAAAGUUAAACUCCCAUAAAUUCUUUAUUCAUCUCAUAAGUGAAAUAUUUGAAGACUUUUUUGUUUCAAUCUUGAUGCUUACUGCUUGCACCUCAUGAAAGUCAAAACUAUCUCAAGAUAUUAGAGAAUAUUGUGAAAAAUGAAAAUGCAAAUGUUUCCCAAGUCUUCAUUCUCUGUAUUUCUGGAUCAGUACACAUAAUGUCAACAUUUCUGUCUUGUAGAUCCUUUUUUCUGGACUGGUAUUUUGUGAUAUUCUAAUACUUUGAAAUAGUGGCUCUUUUUUUUUUGUCCUCGAUAAUUUAUGCGACAAAGACAAGAGAUGCAGAAAGCACAUGUGUUGGACUAGUGGUGUAGACAGAGGAGAUGUGAGAGUGAACCUGGCAGCAGGAACAACAAUAAGAUGAAAUCUGUUUACGCUCUUAAGGGAAAGUUAAAUAUUUGACUGUGUGAAUGCAAGACGGACGUAGACAAAUAUGUCUGAAGACUUUUUUAAUUUCUCUGUCACAGUGCCACGUAGACUGAAUAACUAUGUGAAUUUGGAAAAUGUUCUUCCCCUGUUAUAUUGUGUCCUCAAAAUCAAAACAAGAGCAAAAAGUGCUUGUAAAAGAGAGAAAGAAAACCUGCAGGAUGAGGACUCUCGGCGGGACUACGACUACAUGCUGGACCAUCCUGAGGAGUACUACCAGCACUACUACGCCUACUACCGUCGACGGCUCACUCCCAAAGUGGACGUCAGGGUCGUCAUCCUUGUCACCAUCUGUGCCAUCUCCAUUUUUCAGUACUACAGCUGGCACAGCAGCUACAACGAGGCCAUCAACUACCUGGUAACCGUCCCCAAGUACCGAAUCCAGGCCACCGAGAUCGCCAAGCAGCAGGGCCUCCUCAACCGCACCAAAGAGAAGGGCAAAAACCGCCGCUCCAAAGAGGAGAUCAGGGAGCAGGAGGAGGAAGUGAUCAGAGAAAUCAUCAAAACAAAGAUUGACAUUAAAGGAGGAUACCAGAAACCCAACCUGUCUGACAUCCUGCUCUGUCAGAUCGUCCUCUUCCCGUAUUAUCUGACCAACUACGUGGCUUGGUAUGUCUCCUGGGUUUACCGCUUUACGAUCUGCAGGGAGGAGUACGGAGAUGAGGAGAAGCUCUACAUCAUCAGGAGGUUCAUGAAGAUGUCUCAGUCUCAGUUCGACAGCCUGGAUGAACACAAUAAACAAACCUUCCUGGAGAAAAAACUCUGGAUCAAAGAGAACUUUGAGUCUUACAGGAAGGAGCAGGAGGAGGAGAUGAAGGUGAGGAUGGCGACCGACCCAAGGAUGAAGAGAUACCGACGCUGGAUGAGGAACGAGGGACCGGGGCGACUGACCUUCAUCGACGACUGAUCACCACAAGCUCCGUCUGUCACAAACAUGCCUGCCUCAGUGCCGCCACGCACGGACACAAGCCGCGCUGUGUGGAGAAUCGCCUGUACAGAGAGUUAACUUUGUCUGUUUAUACAGCGAGAGAUAUUUUCAUAGCAAUCAGGACUCGAUGAGAAGACGUCUGAGCGGAUAAACUAUGAGCAUGGGCUGCAGAUUUCUGAGUCAUUUUUUACAUCAUGCUGGGGUUAUUUUGUUUUUUAAACCAACAUGUCAGAUAUGUUUCAAAUGAAGUUUAAAGAUAUCAUGAUUUUCUCCAGAUGCUUUUUGUGGGGCAGAGUUUGUCUGGUUAAAAACCAACAGUACUGUCAAAGUGUCCUUGGGCGUGGCAUCAGACAGCUGCCUGCUCACUCUGUUUGCUGCUGCAGACUGUCAGUUAAAGGCUGCUAGCAUUUGUUGCUUUUUUUGUUGAAUAAAUCAGGGCCAGAGAA